CAGUGCUAUUAAUAUCAGGUAAUGAACGUAAUCUCUAGGUUAAGCUAUCCUCUUAUGCGUGCUGACCGCUCCACAGCUCCCAGCAAAAGACACUCCCCCGGCCGCGCUCUUCUCUCCUUCCUCCAUCUUCCCGUCCCAAGCCCCUCGGAUCUGCUGGGGGGGCUCCGGGUUGCCUCGGCCCCUGGGGACCCCACAGUCCCCGUGGCGGGGGGGACGCCUCCGUGCAUGGCUCCUUGCACCGGGGCUCGCCCAGGGAGCCCCGCUGGCACGGCCGCCCUCUCGCCACGGUAGCACCGGGAGGUUGGGGGACAGGAGCCGAAGCGUGGGCAGGGACAGGGGUGAGCAGCCUCUGCCCGGCAUCACCUCCUGCUCCGCGGCGGGGUGGAGAUGAGCAGUCCCCCGACCUUCUCCAGCGUCCGCAUAUCAGGCUGCUGGGCCCUCGGGCCGGAUGGCGGCAACAGCAGUGCCGAAUCCUUAGACCGGCUGUACCCUGCAGUGGGCUCCACCAAGCCACCCCGAAAGCGGACCACGAGCCAGUGCAAGUCUGAGCCACCCCUGCUGCGGACCAGCAAGAGGACCAUCUACACAGCUGGCCGGCCCCCGUGGUACAAUGAGCACGGGACGCAGUCCAAAGAGGCCUUCGUGAUAGGCCUGGGCGGAGGCAGCGCCUCUGGGAAGACCACAGUGGCCACCAUGAUCAUUGAGGCUCUUGAUGUCCCUUGGGUGGUUCUGCUGUCCAUGGACUCCUUCUACAAGGUGUUGACCAAGCAGCAGCAGGAGCAGGCAGCCAGCAAUGACUUCAACUUCGACCACCCCGAUGCCUUUGACUUUGACCUCAUCAUCGCCACCCUGAAGAAGCUGAAGCAAGGCAAGAGUGUGAAGAUCCCCAUCUACGAUUUCACCACCCACAGCCGGAAGAAGGAAUGGAAAACCCUAUAUGGCGCCAAUGUGAUUAUCUUUGAAGGCAUCAUGGCAUUCGCGGACAAGGAGCUCCUGAAGCUCCUUGAUCUGAAGAUAUUUGUGGACACAGACUCGGACAUCCGCUUGGUGCGUCGCCUGCGCAGGGACAUCAGUGAGCGUGGCCGUGACAUCGAGGGUGUCAUCAAGCAGUACAAUAAGUUCGUCAAGCCCGCCUUCGACCAGUACAUCCAGCCCACCAUGCGCCUGGCCGACAUCGUUGUGCCCCGAGGGAGUGGAAACACAGUGGCUAUCGACCUGAUCGUUCAGCACGUCCACAGCCAGCUGGAAGAGAGGAAGCUGCGCUGGGAUAUGGCCGCCCUGGCCUCUGCCCACCAGUGCCACCCCCUUCCUCAGACCCUCAGUGUGCUGAAGAGCACCCCUCAGGUGAGGGGCAUGCACACCAUCAUCAGAAACAAGGAGACCAGCAGGGACGAGUUCAUUUUCUACUCCAAGAGGCUGAUGCGGUUGCUGAUUGAGCACGCGCUCUCCUUGCUCCCGUUCCAGAGUUGCACAGUCCAGACCCCUCAGGGACAGGACUAUGAAGGGAGGACAUACAGCGGGAAGCAAAUCACCGGGGUGUCUAUCCUGCGAGCGGGCGAGACCAUGGAGCCAGCGCUGCGAGCAGUGUGCAAGGACGUCCGCAUCGGGACCAUCCUCAUCCAGACCAACUGCAACACGGGCGAGCCGGAGCUCCACUAUCUGCGGCUGCCGAAGGACAUCAGUGAAGACCACGUCAUCCUGAUGGACUGCACGGUCUCCACGGGCGCAGCGGCCAUGAUGGCAGUGCGGGUGCUGCUGGAUCAUGAUGUCCCAGAAGACAAGAUCUUUCUCCUCUCCCUGCUUAUGGCGGAGAUGGGCGUCCACUCAGUCGCCUAUGCUUUCCCUCGAGUGAAGAUCAUCACCACAGCUGUGGACAAGAAGGUGAAUGACCUUUUCCGGAUAAUCCCCGGCAUCGGGAACUUUGGCGAUCGGUACUUCGGGACGGACGCUCCUCCCGACUGGAGCGACGAUGAAGAUGCUCUUAGCACUUAGCUGGAUGUGGAGAUGCCACUGGCGACAGGCAGCUUCAGCACCUUAACCCCUCUGUCCAUUGCAGAUUUCUCCUUCCUCCUCACCAUGCAUAGAUAUUUUUUUCAAAUCUUACAUUGGAAAUCUAGGGCAUAUUUUUUCAAAGAAACACAAAUCCUAGUUUGACUUUGUGGACAGUUGCGUGUCCCAGCAUAGAGCGGAGUUAAUUUAUUUUAAUUUAAAUAUUUGCCUAUAUAACUUAUGGAGAUAUUUUGUAAAGAAAAAUAAUAAAUUUUUUCUCUGGUUUUCUUGAA